AUGCACAUCGCCCACCAACUCCUCGCGCGCGCCCACUCCCCCGACACAGCCUCGCAGCUCUUCACGGAAAGAAUCAAGCAGAAACCCCUCUACCUCCGUCCCACCUCGCCCACACCCGCAGACAACCGAUCACGACGUCGUCUCCACCGUCUCCGCAAGAAGGAAUACUUCCUCCGUAAGCAGAAGCCGAAGCCGCUGUCCGCGCGCGAGAAGCGCAUCUCGGGCAUCUACGAUAUCCCCAAGGAUGAAUGCAAGUAUGCCAUUUUCAAGGGGUUGCACGGGCUGUGGGUGGAGUAUAUGCAGGAGGUGCUGGAUUUGAAGGACCUGGAUCAGCAAGGUGCUUCUGGGAGAGCACAAAAAGUGACUCCCCUGUCCCAUGGGAGUAAAUUGGCCAGUGCCGAUUUUCAUGGUGCCUUGCUUGAGGUUGUUAGGAGUCGGUGUUUUGGGAGGGUUGGGAUUAGGGGUAUUGUUGUUCGUGAUACUAAGUUUACCUUUGUAGUUGUGACAGAGGGGGAUGAGGUGAAGACUAUUCCCAAGGAACAAACUGUUUUCCGCUUCUCUGUUCCUUUACCCAAGUUUAUUUCCGAAGACGCCGAAUCCGAUGUCAAAAUGACUGGACACGAUACUGCCAAUUCCAAUUCCAGUCCUAGUUCCGAUCAGAAGGAAUUCGUGUUCGAGCUACACGGGAGCCAGUUUCAGAAUCGAGCUGUCGACAGAGCCAACAAGAAGUUCAAAUGGAGGAAUAUCGACUACGUAUAA